GGGGGGGUCGUGUCCCCCCCCCCUCCGGUCCCGACCGCCCCCGGGGGAUUUGGUUAAUCCCCGGGCGGGGCUAAUCCCACCCCGGGGCCACCGGGAACCGCCGCGGGCAAGGGGAGCUGCGCAGCCAUGGACAUCGGCGGCCUGGAGACGGUGGUGGCCAACUCGGCCUACGUGUCGGCCCGCGGCGGUCCGGGAGCGUCGGGCCGGGACCGCCGGCAGCGCGCCCGCCUCCGCCUGCCCCACAUCACCCAGUGCGAGGCCCUGCGCGCCCGCUUGGGUGGGGGGCACCCGCCCGGCGGCACCCACGGCGCUCAAGGCGGGGCGGCUGGCGGCGGCGGAGGGGGACAAGAUGGCGCCCGCGGGGGACAAGACGGCGGCGGAGGGGGACGGGACGGCGCCGGCGGGCGGGGGGCGGCCCGCGCCGGGGAGGACGCUUCCUUCCGGUGGCAGUGCGUGGAGCAGCCAAUCGGGAAGCUGCUGUUCCAGCGGUUCCUGGAAGGGGCGCCGGGAUUGGCCGCGGCGGGGGCGCUGUGGGCGGAGCUGGAGGCCUACGAGCGGUGCGAGGAGGCGGAGCGAAGCGGGGCGGCCGCCGCCCUGAGGAGGCGGUUCUUCACCGAGGGCGGGGCCGAGCACUGCCGCUUCCUCAGCGCCGCCGCCACGGCCACGCCCACAGGCGCCACCACCUCCGCCGAGGACUUUGGGCAAGCGCGACGGGAGUUGCUGGCCCACCUGGAGGCGGUGGCCUGGACCCCGUACCGAGCGUCACCGGAGUUUGGGCGCUUCGUGCAGUUCAAGUGGCUGGAGGAGCAGGCGGUGAGCGCCGAAGCCUUUGUCGACUUCAGGGUGCUGGGUAAGGGUGGCUUCGGUGAGGUCUGCGCCUGCCAGCGCCGCGCCACCGGCAAGAUGUACGCCAACAAGCGCCUCAACAAGAAGCGUCUCAAGAAGCGCCAGGGCUACGAGGCGGCGCUGGUGGAGAAGCGGAUCCUGGCGCGGGUGCACAGUCGCUUCAUCGUCUCGCUGGCCUGCGCCUUCCAGACCAAGACCGACCUCUGCCUCGUCAUGACACUCAUGAACGGCGGCGACCUGCGGUACCACGUGUACAACGUGGACGAGGACAACCCCGGGUUCCCCGAGCCGCGGGCCGUGUUUUACACCGCCCAGAUCCUGCUGGGGCUGGAGCACCUGCACCAGCACCGCAUCGUCUACCGUGACCUCAAGCCCGAGAACGUCCUCCUCGAUGACGCCGGCCAUGUCCGUCUGUCCGACAUGGGUUUGGCCGUGGAGCUCAAGGAGGGACAGACCAAAACCCGCGGAUACGCUGGGACCCCAGGGUUCAUGGCACCGGAGGUGCUGCGGGAUGAGGAGUACGACUGGGCCGUCGACUACUUCACGCUGGGGGUGACCCUCUACGAGAUGCUGGAGGCCAAGGGACCCUUCCGCAGGCGGGGGGAGAAGGUGGAGAACAAGGAGGUGACACGGCGCAUCCUACACGACCCCGUCAGCUACUCGGACCGGUUCAGCCCGGCGGCGCGGGCCGCCUGCGAGGGUCUGCUGGCCAAGGACUCCAGCGCCCGCCUCGGCUUCCGGGAGAACGACUGCGCCCAACUCAAGGCGCACCCCCUCUUCGCCGCCAUCAACUGGGGGCGCCUCGAGGCAGGUCUGGUGCCCCCCCCUUUCGUCCCGGACCCCCGUCGGGUGUACGCCAAGGAUCUGGGGGACGUGGGGGCCUUCUCCUCGGUGCGGGGGGUGGAGCUGGACGAGGGGGACGCGGCGUUGUGUGACACCUUCGCCUCGGGGACCGUCCCCAUCCCCUGGCAGGAGGAGCUGAUCGAGACGGGGGUCUUCGAGGAAUUGAAUAUUUGGGGACCCCCCGGGACCUUACCCCCCGAUUUGGAUCCGGCUAGUGCGCCUGGGGGGGGGGUACGGUCCGGUACUUGCUGUUUGCUGUGAUGGGGGGCACCCCAAAUUUGG